AUGAACCAAAGGCAACAGUUGGAGGAAAACAAACAUGAUGAUGAUGCUGCACUUUCCAAUUUCUUGGCUUCCUUACUGGACUAUACCCCCACUAUACCAGAUGAAUUGGCUGAGCAUUAUCUGGCCAAAGGUGGGUUUCAGUGUCCAGACGUACGACUUGUUAGGUUGGUAGCUGUAGCUACACAGAAGUUCAUUGCAGAUGUUGCUAGUGAUGCUCUUCAGCACUGUAAAGCAAGACAAGCUGCGGUAGUCAAAGAUAAAAGAGACAAGCUUCAAAAGGAUAAACGCCUGACCUUGGCGAUGGAGGACCUUUCGAAAGCGCUGCAAGAGUAUGGUGUGAAUGUCAAGCAUCAGGAGUACUUUGCUGAUAGCCCUUCUGCUGGGUUGGAUGCUGCCUCAAGAGACGAAUGAGAAACUCUACCUAAUUUUUACAUCAUCUGCCUUCAGUAAUUUGGUUGGAAAUGAAUGCGGCAUCAUGGGCAGGUACUGAAAUACUUUGUUUUCUGGACCAUGUCUGUUAUCUCCAAAUUGUAUUUACAUUUUAGUCCAAUUUCUCACCCGAAUGCAAGGAAAACUGUGAAUCAAGAUAUAAUGUUUAGUUGGGUGUUCAUGGAUUCGUAAUUUUAUGUAUUGUGCCUUAUUCUUUA